AUCAAAUGUUUUUUAUGCGAUUAUAUUCAAAUCAUAUAUUUCAAUUUAAUUUUAAUAGUUUUUGAAAUUAAAUCUGACAUAUAAUGAAGAUAUUUGUGAAAGAUCUAAUGAAUAAUGACAUUUUUUCUGGGUGGUGUAACUUCAAAUAUGGAAACUUUUAACAAGGGAAAAAAGUUAAAUCAAAAGUUGCAGAUCUUUUUCUUUAGGAAAAGUUAAUAACACAAAUAGCAAAGAUGGAUGGUUUAGUAAACUUUUAAUGGUUCGGAAAAUUGACCCAGGCCAUGAUUCACAUUCAAAGUUAUUAUCUGCUUCCGAAAUAAUUUAUGAAAUGCAAUUGCACAGUGUUAAUCCGGAACAUAUCGAUCCAUAUUUACAAAAUUAUGAACAGUAUUCAAAAACUGCUUCCCAAAAGUCAGAUGGAGCUGAAUUGGUUGGCAGUUUUAGAGUAGAAAUAGGAGAUCAAGAUCAAUUUAUUCAUAUAUGGCGCUACAAGCAUGGCUACCCACAUGCUCACCAAUUCCUAGAACUUUGCCAUACAGACAAGGAUCUACAAAAUCUCAUUAAAGACCGUAUUCGAUAUCUGCGGCACAGGGAGAACCAAUUCAUGCUCUCUUUCAGCUUCUGGGGGCAUCCAGAACCUCGAGGAGAUAAUAAUAUGUAUGAGAUGAGAUCGUAUGUUCUCAAGCCAGGCACAAUGAUAGAGUGGGGAAACAACUGGGCUAGAGGUGUAACUUACAGAAAAGAAAGUGCUGUUGCCGGCUUCUUUUCCCAAAUAGGUCAACUAUAUAUGGUCCAUCAUAUAUGGAGUUACAAGAAUCUUCAAAUGCGAAAGGAUAUCAGAGAUGCUGCAUGGAGAAAACCAGGAUGGGAUGAAUGUGUUGCUCACACAGUUCCACUGAUUCGAGAAAUGCAGAGUAGGUGGAUGGCACCUACAAGUUUUUCACCUAUCAAGUAGAUUUUUGGGAAUAGAAUCUCUGUAGAAGUAGAUGAAGCUGUCUUGGUUGACCCUUCCUCAAUGGAUUCCAUCCAUAGAUUUGCACAAUUAUCAAUGGAAAAAAGAGCUCAGAAGGUUUUCUUUUUUAUGAAACAAUUGUAAUUUUACUUGUAAAAUUGGAACUUUAAAAGAAAAUCUUCUAUUUACACGCUGUUUAAACUCUCCUGUUUGGUAUGGAAAAUGACAGAUAUUUUUCUGUAUGAGUGACUCUGAAUUUUAGGUUUUUAGUUAUAGAAAGUGUUUAUAAAUACUGCCAAUUUAUUUUAUAAUAUAAUCAAUUUCUGAUGGUAUGCCAGAAUUGUACAUUGAAAUUUUCUUAUUUAUAAACUGACUAUUCCUCAUAAGCCAAAUUCUAUUAAUUGAUUGAACUUUUAAUUUCCUGGAAUUAUAAGAAUUGUUUGUAAAUCUUAAUACAUUUUUGCUUAUUACAUGUUACAAAUGUUUUACUUGAUUUCAAUUUUUUAUGCUACAGCAUGAUAUGAAAUAUUUUGGCAUGAAAUAUGUAGUUUCUUCUUUGUCUUUCAUUUUAUCAAAGUAUUUAUUCCAGAUGAAGACAAAAAUCUCGUAAACGAUCUGACUGGAAGAUGAAUUAUUUAUUUAGAGUAAGUCCUGUAAUAUAUUUAUAUUCUGAUAUGUUACAGCACAUAUUAUGUGAACAAAAUGUUUUUAUGUAUUUUCACUAAUAUGGUUUUCAUUGUUUUGAUUUAAAGUAUUUUUUCUGAUUUUAUUUCUGUAUUUUGUUGUAUCUGGAAUAUUUUUAUCUAAUUUGUAUUUCUUGCCUUUAAUCUUAAAUUGUUGCAGGUAUAAAUGAAAAGUUCUGUUCUCUUAACACUUUAUUCUCCCAUACAUUUACAGGUAAUAAAUAAUGUAUAUCAAAAUAAAUAAAAAAUUAAAGGAAAGACAAAUGAAAAAAUAAACUUUUUUUUAUUUACGUAAAUCUAAUGCAAAAUAGGGCAAAGGACUGUUGCCAUCAUUAACACAAAAUAAAAUCUAAAAUCAAAAUGCAUAAAGAUAAAGGUACCUUGUCCAUAGCCUGAAAUUUAUUUAUUCAAAGAUUUUCUUACAAGUGUAUUCAAAAAUUUUAGGUGAUUUAUUUGUGUAAAUGAAUAUUUUCUUAAUUUUACAAUUAAAGGGCACAUGAAGAAUUACUUAACUGGCACAUUCUCUGCAGCCUUUCCUAUACUAUCAUCUAAAUUGUUAUUGAGUGUUAAUUUAAUUUUAUGUAUUUGUUUUUUAUGGAACAUGAUUUUUUAAAGGCAGUUCAUAUUGAAAAAUAAUAUUUUCAAUGCUGAAAAGAAUGUCAGUUAUUUGUAAUUGAAAACCUAAAAAUCUAUGAAAUCCAAACAGUGACUUAGCAAAGAUAGUCGGUUCUCACAGCAUAAAUUUUUUUUGUCCUCAUUUGUCAUUUAAGGCUUAGCAAAUAUAAGCAAAAAUAAGGUUUUGUUAUUAUUUUUUAACCCAUAAAAGUGAUAUAAAUUUUAUCAUUCUGUUGCUUCUUUAGAGACCAGCACUCAGGGCAUCCAUUCCCCCUUGCGCCUAAUUAUUGCAUGACUGACUCAAUACAAAAUACGUAAAGGUGCAUGAAAGAUUGGUAUAUACUGUUUUUAAGUUGUUUCAUUUUUAAACGAAAUGUUUAUUUCAACAAAUUAAAUAGAUUCUCAACUU